AUGGGUUUCUCUGAUGAAAUUAAAUCACGCAAUUUUAGCAUAUAUGCACAAUGGUUUGGAAUUCUUUCUAUGAUUCUUUGUCUUAUUCUUGGAUUCUCUAAUUUAUUCCAUAUUGGGGUGAUCGUUGUUUUUGGUAUAUUGAGCAUGAUAAUGGGAAUUAUACUUUCUUUCGUUGAAAUCCCACAUUUAUUAAGGAUAUGCCCUACUAGUCAAAAAUUUGAUUCUUUUGUUGAAUAUUUUAAUCAAAAUUGGCCACGUGCUGGAUUAUAUGCUAUUUUUUCUAUUACCUUGUUUCUUUCGGGUAUAGUUAAAUGGACCUCUCUAAUUGUUCCUGCACUUUUUAUGGCUAUUACUUGUUUAUGCUAUACAACUGCUGCUCUUCAGGGAAAAGAAUUUAUAAGUAGUUCUGUUUUUGGUGGAACAGGCGUUUCUCAAACGAUGUAA